UUUUUAUUGGUUUACACACUUGAUUUACUUGAGAGUUGAGAUCGAAUUGAUGAGAGAUCCUAUCCUGCCAUUCACCAAACAGAUGCUUCUUCUACCUCUACCUGGGUCGAUGCCUCGAUGGACGGACACUGGGCUCAAAGGUCAACUACUGGCUAGUCUGCACCCUGCAGAUCGGCGAUCUGGAUGUCGCCCUUGUGGAAGGCCGUCCUCUGCCUGACGCUGUUUGCCGCAUGGCGGUCGCAGGUGGAAUUCAGGACGAUGACUUCCCGGCGCCCGCGGCUUGACUGCGCUCAGCGUUGCCCUUGCAGCGGCCAGAGCUACCUCCACCACCCUUACAGUUCCAGCCAUGUAGAGACGCAAGCACGCGCCCCCUUGCUCACCGAGGCGCCUCCGGGUGGCCACUCUGUGUCUGCGGCGGUAGGCGGCCACGCGGGCGGGAAGGCGUCGUGCCUGCCUCUCGCCAGGGAGGCCGGCGUCCGGGCGGCGGCCGGCGGGGGAGGCAACUUCAUCGUCUCGCCGCUGUCCAUCCACGCGGCGCUCGCGCUGGUGGCCGCCGGCACGCGGGGCGAGACGCGCGAGGAGCUCCUGGGGUUCCUCGGCUCAGCGUCGCUCGACGAGCUGCACGGCGCGGCGGCGACGGAGCUGGCGGGCAGGCUCAACGGCCUGACCCAGACGUCCUUCGCGUGCGGCGUGUGGGUCGACCGCGGGCAGGCGCUGGAGCCGGAGUUCAUGGCCACAGCCGCGUCGGGGUACGCUGCCACCGCGGAAUCCGUGGAUUUCUCCUCGGACCCCGAGCAGGCGAGGCGGCGAGUGAACGCCUUCGUCGCCGGCGCGACGGACGGGCGCAUCCGCGACGUCCUCCCGCCCGGCUCGGUCGGCUCGUCCACGCGGGUCGUCCUCGCCAACGCGCUCUACUUCAACGGGACGUGGUCUCAGCCGUUCGACCAGUCGGCGACCUUCACCGCCCCGUUCCACGUCCCAGACGGCACCAUCGUGCGCGCGUCGUUCAUGACGACGGGCCGGUUCCCGUUCGAGCAGCACGUCGCCGUCUACCCGGGCUUCAGGGCCCUCAAGCUUCCCUACAAGAACGACGGCGACCAAGGGGGGGGGGGAGCCGAGGCAGCAUUCUACAUGCUUCUCCUCCUCCCGGACGGCGGCGCCGCUCUCGGUCUCGCCGAUCUCUACGACAAGGCGGUCGCGACGCCGGGGUUCCUCAAGAGCCACACGCCGGCGGUCCAGGUCCCCGUCGGGCGGUUCAUGGUCCCGAAGUUCAAGUUCACGUUCGAGUUCGAGGCGUCGUCGGACAUGCAGAAGCUCGGCGUCACCAGGGCUUUCGAAGGCGGCGACUUCUCCGGCAUGGUGAGCGGCGGGGAUGGGCUCUUCAUCGCGGGCGUGUACCAUAAGGCCACCAUCGAGGUGGACGAGCUGGGCACCGUGGCCGCCGCAGCAACGGCCGUGGGGAUCCAGGAGAGUGCAAGGGCGCCACGGCCUCCGGUGGAUUUCGUGGCGGACCGGCCCUUCUUAUUCGCCAUUGUUGAGGAGGAAACCAGCGCGGUACUGUUCCUGGGCCAUGUGAUCAAUCCCCUCGCUGAAUGAGCAAUUGAUUCUGGGAUUUGGACUUUGGGAGUGGGUAUAAAGAAUUCCGGUGAACCCUGCUCGUGUGUAUUUUCGUGAAAUGUGGUGUCAUAUGGCAAGAUUGUACUCUCUCCGUCCCAAAAUUCUUGGCUUACAUUUGUCUAGAUACGGAUGUACCUAGUACGGAAAUGUGACUUGAUACAUUCGUAUUUAGACAAAUUUAAGACAAGAAUUUUGAGAUGGUGGGAGUAUGUUUUUUCUGAUCAUCAUCAUGAUCAAGUUCUGUUCCCUCAUCUACAAACUUCUUUUGGACAAAUUCAGGCCUUCAAAACCCCAUUGGUGAAUAAGCUCUGAUUAUGGAUGGACACUGAUUUCAUUUAGCUUUACUGUCUAUCAAGUCAAAUUGACAGAAAGUUGUACCUGAUUGAAAGGUUUUAUGAAGAUCUAGUACACAAAUGCGACAACAGACUGUGUUCAACACUCCCUUGACCAAUUUUGGACCCUUCAGUCAGAAGCAUUUUCCAGGACAUGCAGAGUACGUGUUCUUCCCCCUUUUUAAAACUGUUUUGUUCAGUCAUGUCAAUAACUCUUGUAUUUGUCACAUCUUCUUAUCUUAAUGAAAUUAGUUAGAGCCCGUGCCUUUCUUUCCAAAUUAAAUGUAUUUUUUCCACGGCUGAUCAUCAGGGGCUUUUGGGUUCAGAAUGUGUGGCAGCAAGUUGUGACCCCUGACUUAUCAAUGGCCGGCAGAUUCUUCAAGCAUCUACAUCCUAGAUUGAUCCACCCACACGUGCAACUUGUCAACAAGUUGAGCAACAUGCUACUGGAAGCCUGAUAUAAACCCAUUUAUCAGCGAAAAGCGACUUGCUUAAAACAAGAAACUUCACAAGCAAGAUAAACAGGCAACUUUCCCUUCCAUAAUUCUCCUGAAUCCGCUCCUAUUUCUUCCCCAGGAAAUUAGGGCUUUAUCU